AUGUUCUUCACUCUUGCUCUCCGGGCAGUGCUGUCGCUUGUCAACGCUUGCGCCGCCGUCAAGACAGCUCUGAUAGCAAUAGCUGCUACUUGCAAGGCGCGCUCAACACCCGUCGGCACAAAGCACUUCAUCCUGAUCCAGCAAGUGCACUGCAACAUCACGACACGUAAUUUAUACGCCGGCCUUGUACAUCAAUACGCCAUCCUCCAGCUGUACACACCUGAGGACCUCCUAGCUGGCAUGAAUGUCGGCUUCCGUGUCCUCCAACAAGGCGGCAUCCUCAUUCCUGGUUUUGAGCAGUGCCAGCUGCGUGAAGAGAUCAACGCUCCUCCUGAACCUUUUGAGGAGCCGACCUACUGCAAGCGCUUUCACUUGGAGGUCGAGUUUCGCGUGUUCUUUGAAGCUGAGCCUAACAGUCUCAAGCCCCGUCGUGCGAAAGCACCUCGUCACAUCGAGUUCGCAUCAACGGAGACAAACACGCAAGUGUUAGAAGAAGUCCAGCAAGCCCACUGGGAGCCCAUCGGCGGGAUCAAUCUGCACGAGCGGAUCGCCUUCUACCAAACACGCGUAAACAAUGGCGAGUCACAUUUUCAUCAGCAAAAGGAUGUGCCCGUAGGUCCAGAUUAUGUGAAACACCAUCUGUUCGAGACAGCCUACCAGUGGAAUCUGUGGAACCAAGAACACGAGCGAGAUCCCCAAGGCGUGGAUGAGCGACUUGAUCGGGACCCUCAGCUGAAAGAGAGGGUGUUCAACUUUCGCGAUGUCGCUGAAGAAUACCGGUCCAAGUUUCCACAUGACUUUUAG